AAUUAAUAAGUUUUAAUUUGUUUCAGAUAAUACAAAAUGCCUUUUGAACGUCGACUGCCUCUAGCAAGGACAGACUUCAGUGUCAUCGACCGCGAGUUCAGUUCCAUCCGAGAAAAAUUCGAGCAAGAGAUGAAGUUGAUGGAAGAAGAAAUGAAUCGAUUCCGAGCUCAGCUGCUUGACAGAGAAUCACCUCGAAUCCAAAGUCAGACGACAACCUCUGGUGCCGAUGGUACCACGUAUAAAUCUGAAGUUCGCACAUGGUUGGAUGGCCUCAACUCUCCUCUCAUCCAGGAUUCUGGUGAUGGCAAGCAGUUGAGGUUACGUUUUGACGUCAGCCAAUAUCAACCAGAAGAGAUUGUUGUCAAGACAGUGGACAACAAACUCCAGGUUCAGGCAAAACAUGAAGAGAAAACUGAUACCAAAUCUGUAUAUCGUGAAUACAACAGAGAAUUCCUCCUACCCAAAGGAACGAAUCCUGAGAUGAUAAAAUCCUCACUAUCAACAGAUGGUGUUCUGACAGUUGAAGCACCUCUUCCUACAGCCAUAGAAUCAGGAGUGCAUAUGAUUCCAAUUGAAAAUAAAUAGAGUAAAAACUUUCCAUUCUUUCUGGGCUGUACAAGUUUCAAAUGUGACUUCCUGCAUAUCUAUUUUUUCAAGAUUUUAAUACUAUAUUGUAAUGCAAAUUGCAAACUUAUGUAUUUAUACGCAGUGUAAAAACACUUUGAUGUAAAAUUGAGUAUCUAUUGCUUUAUAGUAACACUUAUUGUUCCAUCACCUGAUUUAUUAAUUACAUAUUUGUUUUAACAAUUUAAAAUACAUCUGUGAUGUUUAUUAAGACCAUACUGAAUUAAUAAAAUAUGAUGUAAUCUUUU